ACGCCUACCAGCUCGACCGAAAGCUCCAGGUUGAGGUCACAUACAAGGAGUCCGAUAAGAAGCGUUGGUCGGAGUCCAGGAAGCAGACCCGUCUAACAGCCAUCGAGGAGCAAGACAAGCAGCUGGCCGGGGAGGUGAUGCAGCUGGCCGGAGUGCAUGUCCUACAAACACAGUCUGGUCUCGCUUCGACGAACAAACUUGUCUUCAACACCAAUGAGUACAAGAAGUUCGUCAACAAGCGACAGCGUUACAUCUUGAAGUUCCUGGAGGGAGGCUGGGAGGUGCUGUUCACUGACGUGGACACCUUCUGGCUGAGAGAUCCGUUCCCGUUUUUACGAGGAAACUUUGACCUGGCCAUGGAGCAGGACAAUUACCGCAAGGUGAAGCCGAAUGAUCGGAACUACUGCGCGGGGUUCGUUUACUUUCGGCCCACCGAACGCACUUUGAAAUUCGUCCGGGAAUGGAUCCGGUACAUGGCAGAGGACAAGAAGCUCAAACCCGACCAGGUCGUCAUGAACCAUCUGAUCAGGACGAAGAAAGUCCCCCGGCUGCAAGUCCGGGUCCUCAAUUGGGACCGAUUCCCGAACGGGAAGCUGUUCUUCAACGAGACGUGGCGGAGGGAGCGGAGUGAUUUCGUGGUGUUCAUAACAACUGGAUCGUUGGACACGACACUAAGGUGGAGCGGUUCCGGAAUCUUACAUGUGGUUGGUGGACCCAGACAUGAAAUUCCCGCCAUCUUGAUUGUCACGAGGCCAGUUUUCUCCGACGUUACCGUACACACUGACGACAUCAAUCUCCAGAAGAGCACCUUGAAUCAUGCAACAAGCCAGAAAUUAGAAGAAAUGCGAAAUGUCCGAAACAACAGUCAAGAGGAGGUAGAGAGUUUCGACCCGACACUAGUGCGCUUCGUGGAAGCCCAACUCCCAGCGGGCGUGAUGGUAACUCAGAGACCCUUGCAGGAUCCAGCUGACGACCCAAGACCUGUGAUCCUUGCCACCACCAACAAAGCUUUCUUGGACUUUACUGCGAACUGGUUAGAAAGCAUCCGCCGUUUGGACACUAACCCUAAGAUCUUGAUUGGCUUCAACACUCCGGCUGAGCAGCUACCCUGGGAUUCACCCAUCUACAACGCAAUGGUAAACAAGCGGCCUGCCUACAUCUACCAACUCCUACAGCGGGGGCACGACGUGUUGUUCAGCGAUGUAGACACCGUCUGGCUUCGAGAUCCCUUCCCGUAUCUUCAAGGAGACUUUCACGUGGCCGUGGCGGAAGACCAGCACAAGCCUUACGUCGCCUACUGCGCCGGCUUCGUCUUCUUCCGAGCCGCCGAGAAGACUAAAGAAUUCGUCCGUGAGUGGCUCCGAAGGUUACACCAAUCAAAGACCAAGAUCUCAGACCAGGUUCUGAUGAACGAGAUGCUAACCAAAGAUCAGAUUCCAGGUCUCAAGAAGAUGGUCAUGCCGUCUGAGAUCUUCCCGAACGGGAAGCUAUUCUUCAUGACGCCUGGAUGGCGGCAGCAGCACCGACAGUCGGUUGCCGUAGUCCACAAACAACUGGAUUCAGAGCAAGGAGAGGAAACUGCAGAGGUUUAA